ACACACACACACACACACACACACACACACACACACUGAAGCGAACAGGGAUCCGCUGCUGCCACCUCAACAUGGAGUAACCAGAGCCCCGCGUUCACUGCUGUCCAGCGGACCCCAGAGAGAGGAAGCGUCGGCGGCCCGAGCCUCGUUCUUCCCCCGGAGCCCCGCCGGAGCUCCAGCGGCCGAUUCUCUCCGACGGCGACGCGCUUUUAUCGGAAAGAUGGCGAACGACUCUCCGGCUAAAAGUCUGGUCGACAUCGACCUGGCUUCCCUGCGGGACCCGGCCGGGAUCUUCGAGCUGGUGGAGGUGGUUGGAAAUGGCACCUACGGACAAGUGUACAAGGGACGACAUGUCAAGACCGGACAGCUGGCUGCCAUCAAGGUCAUGGACGUCACAGAAGACGAAGAGGAGGAAAUUAAGCUGGAGAUCAAUAUGCUGAAGAAGUACUCCCACCACCGGAACAUCGCCACCUACUACGGUGCCUUCAUUAAGAAGAGCCCUCCGGGACACGACGACCAGCUCUGGCUGGUGAUGGAGUUCUGCGGUGCUGGUUCGAUCACAGACCUGGUGAAGAACACCAAGGGCAACCAGCUGAAGGAGGACUGGAUCGCUUACAUCUCCAGAGAGAUCCUCAGAGGUCUGGCCCACUUGCACGCUCACCACGUCAUCCACCGCGACAUUAAAGGCCAGAACGUCCUGUUGACCGAGAACGCCGAAGUGAAACUGGUGGACUUCGGGGUGAGCGCCCAGCUGGACCGGACGGUCGGCAGGAGGAACACCUUCAUCGGGACGCCGUACUGGAUGGCCCCGGAGGUCAUCGCUUGCGACGAGAACCCAGACGCGACAUACGACUACAGGAGCGACCUCUGGUCUUGCGGCAUCACGGCGAUCGAGAUGGCCGAAGGAGCUCCUCCGCUGUGCGACAUGCACCCCAUGCGUGCACUUUUCCUCAUUCCACGAAACCCUCCCCCACGACUCAAGUCCAAGAAAUGGUCCAAGAAGUUCUUCAGCUUCAUCGAGAGCUGCCUGGUGAAGAACUACACGCAGCGCCCGCCCACCGAGCAGCUGCUGAAGCACCCCUUCAUCCGCGACCAGCCCAACGAGAGGCAGGUCCGCAUCCAGCUCAAAGACCACAUCGACCGCACCAAGAAGAAGAGGGGCGAGAAAGAUGAGACGGAGUACGAGUACAGCGGCAGCGAGGAGGAGGAGGAGGAUCCUCCGGAGCAGGAAGGAGAGCCCAGCUCCAUCGUCAACGUCCCCGGAGAGUCCACCCUGCGCCGCGACUUCAUCCGCCUGCAGCAGGAGAACAAGGAGCGCUCGGAGGCGCUGCGCCACCAGCAGCUCCUGCAGGAGCAGCAGCUGCGGGAGCAGGAGGAGUACAAGCGCCAGCUGCUGGCCGAGAGGCAGAAGCGCAUCGAGCAGCAGAAGGAGCAGCGGCGGCGGCUGGAGGAGCAACAGCGGCGCGAGCGCGAGAUGCGGCGGCAGCAGGAGCGCGAGCAGCGGCGGCGCGAGCAGGAGGAGAAGCGGCGCAUGGAGGAGAUGGACCGCCGGCGCAAAGAGGAGGAGGAGCGCCGGCGCGCCGAGGACGAGAAGAGGAGGAACGACCGCGAGCAGGAGUACAUCCGGCGCCAGCUGGAGGAGGAGCAGAGGCACCUGGAGAUGCUGCAGGAGCAGCUGCUGCGGGAGCAGGCCAUGCUGCUGGAGUUCAAGUGGCGGGAGCUGGAGGAGCAGCGCAAAGCCGAGCGGCUGCAUAAGCGGCUGCAGCAGGAGCAGGCCUACCUGCUGUCGCUGCAGCACGAGCCCCGAGCGCCGCCCGGCGACAAGACCAGAGCCCCCCCAGACAGUAGCAAACCCCCCCACACCUCCACCCUGCCCCCCGACGGCAGGGCCCUGGUCUCCGCCCCGAGAGCCCAGGUCCUGGACGCCACCGCCGCCCUGGCGAGGGGCGCCUGCGAGGAGUCCGGAGCCCCCCAGGCGGCCCCCCCAGACAGCGGCAGCAGCACCCAGAGGGUAGACUCUGAGGAGAACGGUCCCAGUCGGGUCCCAGACCCCCCGAGCCCCCCCGUGGCCGACUCCCCCCCUGACUGUAAGCCCUCCCAGGCAGAAGGCUCGGAGCCCGACAGGCCGGCCCAGCCUGUCAGUCAUCCUCAGCCAAUCAGAGAGGCCGACGAGCGCUACCGCAAGAACAUUCAGGGCUCCCCUCAGACCGCCCCCGCUCCCAAGCAGCCCCCACUGCCUCCCCGCUCCUCUGAGCCCUUCUCCAACGGCGGCUCCUCCGAGGCGUCGGCCAUGCACCGCCCCAUGGAGCCUCAGGUGCAGUGGUCCCACCUGGCCGCUCUAAAGAGCAGCAACAGCGCCGCCCCCUCUCCUCCUCCGCCGCCGCCGCCCGUGGUGGCCCGCUCGCAGUCCUUCAGCGAGUCCGGGGGCGUGGCCUCUAGCUUUGCUCAGCUCCACCUGCGCUCCCAGCACCACCACCCAUCUCCCGCACGCACUGACUCCCAACCCCAACCUCCCCUCCACCACCCCCAGGCUGCGGCCGGCAGCGAGGAGGUGCCUCCCAAGGUGCCGGUGAGGACGACGUCCAGGUCUCCGGUGCUGUCCCGCCGGGAGUCUCCGCUGCCGGCGCAGCCGGUCGGCCAGAGGAACGCCGGCAGUAACGUGGAGCAGCGCCCCCUGUGGGAUCGGGUGGAGAAGCUGCAGUCCCGGCCGGGCAGCGGCAGCUCCUCCGGCUCCUCCAACUCCAGCUCCCAGGCCAGCCCGGGGGACCGCUUCCGGCCACGCUGUGAGUCCCCCGCUUCCUCUAAAUCUGAAGGCUCUCCUCUCCAGCGGCCUGAAAACGCCUCCAAAAAACCAGAAGAGAAGAACCUGGCCCGGCCCACCCGCCCGGCGGACCUGACCGCCCUGGCCAAGGAGCUCCGGGCGGUGGACGACGUGCGGCCGCUGCACAAAGUGACCGACUACUCCUCCUCCAGCGACGAGUCGGGCACGACCGACGAGGACGACGACGAGGAGGUGGAGCAGGAGGCGGGGGAGGAGUCCACCUCGGGAGCCGAGGACUCCAGAGCCGGAUAUCCCCGUGGCUUUUGCAGGAGGCUCAGCAACGGAGAGACGGAGUCCGCCAAGACCAUGCUGGUGGAAGACUCGGAGAGCGACCAGGCCCUCACGCCCUCCAAAGACGGAACUCUGGUCAUCAGACAGAGCACAGCUGACAUAAAGCGUCUGGUCAGCCUCUCCUCCUCCUCCUCCUCCUCCUCCUCCACCCCCGGCUCUGGCCACGGCCUCCCAGAGAAAAACAGCUUUGCCGGCCGCAUACACCACCUCCCAGACCUUAUCCAGCAGAGCCAUCACUCCCCCUCCUCCCCCUCCUCCUCCUCCUCCUCCAUCACCUCCACCACCAUCCCGUCCUCCUCCGCCUCCACCCCCUCCUCCUCCCCCUUCCCCUCCUCAUCCAGCCUCGCCGGCCCCGCCAUGUCCCCUCAGAUCUCGCUGGACGAGCUCUCUGCCAUCGAGUCCCAGUCAGAGAGCAACUCCAUGUCCAAACACAAGUCUUCCUCCUCCUUCACUCCCUUCAUCGACCCACGCCUCCUUCAGAUCUCUCCAUCCAGCGGCAGCUCCCUCAACAACAUGGCAGGAUUUGGGCAAGACGGACGUCUGGCCGACCCCCUGAGGGCCGACCCGUCCCGCAAGGGCUCGGUGGUCAACGUGAACCCGGUCAACACGCGUCCGCCGAGCGACACUCCGGAGAUCCGCAAGUACAAGAAGAGGUUCAACUCCGAGAUCCUGUGCGCGGCGCUCUGGGGAGUGAAUCUGCUGGUGGGGACGGAGAGCGGCCUGAUGCUGCUGGACCGCAGCGGUCAGGGCAAAGUUUACCCCCUGAUCAACCGGCGCCGCAUCCAGCAGAUGGACGUCCUGGAGGGGCUCAACGUCCUGGUCACCAUAUCAGGGAAGAAGAACAAACUGCGGGUCUACUACCUGUCCUGGCUCCGGAACAAGAUUUUGCACAACGACCCCGAGGUGGAGAAGAAGCAGGGCUGGGUGAACGUGGGCGACCUGGAGGGCUGCGUGCACUACAAAGUCGUGAAGUAUGAGAGGAUCAAGUUCCUGGUUCUGGCUCUGAAGAACGCGGUGGAGGUUUACGCCUGGGCUCCCAAACCGUACCACAAAUUCAUGGCCUUCAAGUCGUUCGGUGACCUGGUGCACAAGCCUCUGCUGGUGGACCUGACUGUAGAAGAAGGUCAGAGGUUAAAGGUCAUCUAUGGCUCCUGCUCAGGCUUCCACGCCGUGGACGUGGACUCCGGCGCCGUUUACGACAUCUACCUGCCCACGCACAUCCAGACCAGCAUCCAGUGCCACGCCAUCAUCAUCCUGCCCAACACCGACGGCAUCGAGCUGCUGGUCUGCUACGAGGACGAGGGCGUCUACGUCAACACCUACGGCCGCAUCACCAAGGACGUGGUGCUGCAGUGGGGGGAAAUGCCCACUUCAGUGGCCUACAUUAGGUCAAACCAGAUCAUGGGCUGGGGCGAGAAGGCCAUCGAGAUCCGCUCCGUGGAGACGGGCCACCUGGACGGCGUCUUCAUGCACAAGAGGGCCCAGAGGCUGAAGUUCCUGUGCGAGAGGAACGACAAGGUCUUCUUCGCCUCUGUGCGUCCCGGCGGCGCCAGUCAAGUCUACUUCAUGACCCUGGGACGCUCCUCCCUCAUGAGCUGGUAGACGGCGAGCCUCGCGCCCACAACGUGACCAAGAGAUGACCAUUGUGACGUUUACCGACAACAACGAUGAAGACGAAGAAGAAGAGAACUCAGCCGCGAGGCUGAAGCCGGAGGAACAGCCUCCCGUUACCGACUUGGAAAAACAAACAACGUAUUGGACUGUAAAGGUGAAACAGAGCCAGGGCUGGAUGUGUUUCACUGACCCCCCCCCCACGAGCCUCCAGGCUCUUCUCGCCCCGUCCUCUACCUCCCGUCGGGGGAUGAGUGGGGGGGGGUCACCGUAAAUCUUUAAGUGUCAUAGUAAAACUUGAGGUGUGUCUGCGGGACCGACUCGUCUGUAGCAGUGCUUUAAUCCGCGUCCCGGUCGGGUCAGACGCCACACUACAUCCGCUCCCCGUGUAAAUCUGCCUCCUUCACCUCCUCGCGGUGAAGACUUGCUGAGGGACCUCGUCGAUGUUAAAACAGGGUACUGGAUGCGAGCCCGUUCGUCCAGACACCUUUAACCACGUUUGCCUCGUGCGCUGCAGGCUACGCCGGCCAGGAGGAGCCCCGCUUACGACAGCAUGACGACAUUAGCCCCAGUUUGUUCUUUGAAAUACACUGUACACUUUGUAUGUGACUUGCUGCACAUUAAUGAAGCGCACGACGACACUUAUAAAGGAGAUUUAAAGGAAAAAUCCACUAUUUAUUAGCAGCAUGUCAUUUCUCUCAUCGCGAAGUCUUGAGUCGCUGACAGGAAGUGUCGGACCAGCCGAACAGCCAGAAGUGUGAGGCUCCUCACAGCUCUCCGUGGGUUUCUCCUUUAACGUCCGUUAUAAGUAGGGCUCGGAUAAACUGUGAAUUAGCAGGUGGCCGUCAAGGUAGCAUGGAGGCCAGUAAGGGAACCGAGGUUUGAUUGUCCUCCACCUGCACAGUUCCGUGUCUUCAUCUCACUCUGUGUUUUGAAGGAAACUUCAUAUUUAGCUGCCUUAGAAAGCGUCUCCAUCUGGUUUGGAUUUGGCGGGAACUCUCUGGAAUCAGAAUCAGCCGUGCGAUUCGGCGUCGGACCUCUUUUCGUUGUCGCACAGCCGGUUGCUUCCACACCACUCUGACCGAACCUUCGCUCCCAUCCCAGAACUCUUCCUGCGUCCCGCUUUCCCCCCCCCCUCGCGCCUCUCGUGACGCCUCAGCGGAGAUGCCAGACCCGCUCGUCAUUUCGCACUCGUUUUCACUCCUCUGUUUCACGUAGAAUCCAUCCUGUUGCACGUAUGAAUGAGAAAACUUGACAUCCACGGACUCCGCUCUCAGUUUAAGGUGGUGCCUUCGCUGUCUGAGAGCUGCAGGCAGACAUUGCAACGCGGUGCUUUCAACGGUCAGGUUUGAGAAAAAGCAAUGAAGGCCACAGACCUCCCGUUCCUCCAGCAGUGUUACAGAACCACUCCAGACGGCAGCGUGAACGAAGCGGCAUAUUUUUAACUCGGACUUAGUUUUUAGUCUUGUUUUUAUUAUAUAACCUUUCAAAUAAAUAUGCGACUGCAGUGGUUUUUGAAAAUGUAAUGCACACCUUAUGUUGAAAAUGUUUACAGAAGCAAUUGUUUCGUUAAACCAAUGUGCAUCCAUAUGAAUAUUUAUGGUUUAUUUUGAGGGCGGUUUCCCCCAAACCCACUUCCCUUUCCCCCCUGUACUCCCUUCCUGUUUUUGUAUUUUGUAUUAUCCCCUUUUUUGUACUAUCAUUUAGACGUUUGUGUACAGGAAUAAUUACCUUUUGCUCACUUUGUGAAUUACACAAGUCCAGAAGUGUCAUUUCACUGAUUCCUCGACAUCCGACAUCGUGCACGGUGUUUUGUGCCCCUGGCUGCGCGGCUCAGACGGUGCCAGGUGACAUGAUUCCCUUCAAACGUUGCUCUGCCAUGCCUCUAAUUUAUGUCCUCUCUGUGUGUACUAUGGGAAUUACUGUAUUUUCCUGAUGGUCUUUUUUUCCAUUGAAUAAAAUCAGAAGUAAUUUACA